UGCUACUUUUGGGCAUUAGGAGUAUAUUAUGAGCCUCAAUAUUCUCAAGCUCGUGUCAUGCUAGUUAAGACCAUAGCAAUGAUUUCGAUUGUGGAUGACACCUACGAUGCUUAUGGUACAGUUGACGAACUUGCCAUAUACACGGAUGUCAUACAAAGAUGGGAUAUUAAAGAAAUUGAUAGUCUGCCUGAUUACAUGAAAAUCAGUUACAAAGCUCUUCUAGAUCUUUACAAGGACUAUGAAAAGGAAAUGUCUAGAGAUGGAAGAUCUCACGUUGUUUAUUACGCAAAAGAAAGACUGAAAGAAUUGGUAAAAAGUUAUAAUAUUGAGGCAAAAUGGUUUAUUGAAGGACAUAUGCCACCUGCUUCUGAAUACUUGCGCAAUGCAUUUGUAACUACUACUUACUACUAUCUUGCCACAACAUCGUAUUUGGGAAUGAAGUACGCUAAGGAGCAAGAAUUUGAGUGGUUGUCGAAAAAUCCUAAAAUUCUUGAAGGUUGUGUGAGGAUAUGCCGAGUUAUUGAUGACAUAGCUACAUACGAGGUAGAGAAAAAUAGGGGACAACUUUCAACAGGAAUUGAAUGCUACAUGAGAGAUUAUAGUGUAUCGACAAAAGAGGCAAUGGCUAAAUUUCAAGAAAUGGGUGAGUCAGGAUGGAAGGAUAUUAAUGAAGGAAUGCUUAGGCCGACUCC